GCGGGGCUGGGCAGGGCGGGCUCCGCCGCCGGCUCCCGGGGCGCCGCUCCGCAGCGGGGGCGGCGGGGAAGCGGCACAAGUGCGCUCCGCUGCAUCUCUGCUUCUGAUGCCCCUUCGCGACUGCACGCCAGCCCGGCGGCCGCGGCUCCGGGAGGAUGCGGCUCUUCCUCCUCGCUGCAACUUUCUGGGGAUUGUGCCUGGCGCCAGGUUCGGGUUUGCAAAUACAGUGUUACCAAUGUGAGGAGUUCCAGCUAAAUAAUGACUGCUCCUCUCCAGAGUUCAUCGUGAAUUGUACAGUGAAUGUUCAAGAUAUGUGUCAGAAAGAAGUAAUGGAAAAAAGUUUUGGAAUCAUGUACCGCAAGUCCUGCGCCUCCUCGGCCGCGUGCCUGAUCGCCUCUGCCGGCUACCAGUCCUUCUGCUCCCCUGGCAAGGUGAACUCCGUCUGCAUCAGCUGCUGCAACACUCCGCUCUGCAACGGACCCCGGCCCAAGAAGAGGGGCAGCUCUGCCGUGGCGCCGAGGGCACACAUGAUCACCACUCUUCUGCUGCUUAAAUUUGCUCUGUUGGUUUUGUACUGCUAAACUUCAAGCAAGUUGUUUUGGGUUUGUUUGGUUUUAUUUUGCCCUGACACGAUUUGUCCUGCAUCCUUCUUUCUUCAAGGACGCUGCAAUUAUUUUCUGUUUGUUUCCAAAUCCCUGUCAACAGCAAGGGAAGUUCAGUGGUUGCAUGGAGAAGAGGGGCUGAUAUUUUUGUCAGCUAAUGAGUUCAGUUAGCAGAUUGAAUUUCCAGUGUGCACUUAAAAAUCCCAGCAGGAUACAGAACUCCUGUUCCUUUUGCAUAACUGGAAACAAAUCCAUCUGUGUUAUUCCUUUGGCGAUGUUGUCACUUUCCUCGGUCAUUUCAAUUUCCAUGUUUUUAAGCUCAUUGCUAAGCAUUAGCUU